UAUAAAGAUCAGAUAACUCUUAACACGUGCUUUCAUAUCUGGCUGGCUCAGUUCCAGAAUGAAUCCACUAUUACGCUCUGCUCGGAUUGAAGUGACUUGUUAACAAGCAAAACUGACACAGUUUCUUUCUGCAUUCUUCCAUCAAUAGCUGGGGACUCGUAAAAUGCGGUUGAAAGGCAUAUUUUUACUCCUGUCUUUAGGAGCGUUCACAUCUUAUUAUGUUUACCAGCCCAUUCCAGACGAGAUAGAGGAGAGAUGGAAACUCAUGUUGACCGACUGCUUCUUCAGAAGUCUCAGCCACCUGGCAGACUUCAGUGAGCUGCUGGGGUUGAAGGACUACAUGGGGGUGAUGAUGUUCAUCACGUUCGCUGAGCGGGUGGUGCCAGUGUCAGACCAACGUGUGCACGUCACAGAGGAGCUGUUUGAUGAGGUGGAGGUGGUGGUGUACCAGCCCAAACUGCAGGGCGGCGACACUGAGCUGAGGAGAGCAGUCAUAUACCUGCACGGAGGAGGAUGGUGCCUGGGCAGCGCCAGAAUGGGACCAUAUGACCUCCUGGCUAGGCAGAUGGUCAUGGAUCUUAACUCUGUGGUCGUGUCUGUAGAGUACCGCCUGGCCCCCGCGCACCAUUUCCCCGUCCCCUAUGAGGACGUGUACCGGGCGGUGAAGCACUUCCUCCAGAGGGGGGUCCUGGCCCAGUACUCUGUAGACCCAGGACGCAUCGCUGUAUCUGGGGACAGUGCCGGGGGGAACCUGGCUGCUGCCGUGUCCCAGCAGCUGCAGCAGGAUCCAGAACAGCAGUUGCAGCUGAAGGUCCAGGCCCUGCUCUACCCUGUGCUGCAGGCUCUGGACCUCAAUACCCCGUCCUACCAGCAGAACCAUAACAUGCCUAUCCUGCCCCGUACGCUAAUGGUGCGCUUCUGGAGCGAGUACUUCACCAGCGACAAGACCUUCUUCAGGGCCAUGAUGACCAACACUCACAACAGCCCAGAGUCCGCUGCUCUGCUCAAAUUCGUCAACUGGAGUGCCUUCCUGCCAGAGUCCUAUCGGGGCAAGUACAACUACAGCGCUCCGGUCGUGGCGUUGUCGGCUGGAGGGGCGGGGUCGGACGGGCCAUCGCGCUCCAUCGCUGACCCCCGGGCCUCGCCCCUGCUGGUCCCGGAUGCCGUUCUACGCUCGCUACCGAAGGCCUACGUUCUGACGUGUGAGUACGACGUGCUGAGGGACGACGGGGUGAUGUAUGCCGCGCGCCUGCGUCGCGCCGGAGUCGAGGUAACUCACGAACACUACGCCGGAGGUUUCCAUGGCGCCCUCAUGUUCACCAUGUGGCCAACCGACUUCCUGAUUGGACGCACGAUGACGGAAAACUUAAUCAGAUGGCUGCAGCAUAACUUGUAGAAAACAGGAAAAAAUAGUUAUGGUGUUUCAAUGUUCAUUCCUGUUUCCCAUAGCAACCCUGCACCCCUUAUGUGCUACUGUACUUUAUGUUUUGUCUCUUUGGUUGUUUUUACUCAUCUAUUUUUUUAUUUUUUUUUAACAAACUAAAGCACUGUCUGUUUGUAAAUCAAAAGGGCACCUACUAAGGGUUUUUGCACUCUGAUACUACAUCCCCUACAUCCCCACAACAAUACCAGAUGCCAGUCAAAAACUGGUUAGCCUGGAUUUUCUAAUCACCAAGGAAACCAAUGAGGCAGAACAUGAGGCACACAACUGAUGCCAGAUACAAGAUGUUUGAUGAAGCCAAGUGUUGUACAUUUUACGUUGGACAUCUGGUUCUGCAGCUGAAUUCACUAUAAUAAUAGCCUGAGUGUUCUAUUAGCAGAGUCCCUACGGUCACGGGGAGAAAGACGAGGACGAAUGGUAGUUUGGUGUUGUCUUUUUAGAAUUGAGUGGGUAUGGAUAUAUUGUUUGUCGAGGACCAGUCCAGAUUACUAGGGAGGAACAUUGUUGUCUUCUCGAAUUCUUCUCAUCCCCUAAAGGCCUGUUAGGCUCAGUGAUCAUGUGAGGUGUACUGAGCUUGUUGUCUUCCCACCUUUCUGUCUCAAACUGCUGGCCCUGUGACAUGGAAGGACCAACACGAGGGAAAAGGGGAAGGACAAGGGGUUAAGGAAACCCCCCUACAGCAUGUCAGGCUUGAGGUAUUUUUGUAGUCUGAGCAUGUAGCUGUUAUUGAGGUUGAACAGAGCUGCAGUCAGUUGAAAGUAGUAGCUUAGAGCUAAUGGUCUCCCUAUCGGUUCCCCAGCUGACACUCCUCCUGUAACAGAAAAAUCUUGUUAGGGGGGAAACGAAGCUCCGUGUUCUUUAUCAUUGGAUGAAUCAGACUUGAUGACUUGCACACAUAAUAUAGACAUCUAAUCUGAGAUACUAUUUUGUUUUGCUUCAGUAUUCACCUUACAUAUCCUUGUAAAUAUCAUGACUGUCACGUGUAGUGUUUUUUUCAUGUGAAAUACAGAGAAUUGAAUAAAAUGACCUCACCUGA